AUGGCACUGUUUUUAAGUAGGAAGAGUUGUAGGUUGAGAUGGUUCAACCAACUAGAUCCAAAGAAUCCAUUCAGGAAGAGUUGUAGGUUGAGAUGGUUCAACCAACUAGAUCCAAGAAUAAAGAAGAAUCCAUUCAGUGAAGAGGAGGAAGAGAGGCUAAUGGAAGCACAUAGAGUGUAUGGCAAAAAAUGGGCUAUGAUUGCAAGGCUUUUUCCUGGCAGAACAGAUAAUGCUAUCAAGAACCACUGGCAUGUUAUCAUGGCCAGAUACUACAGGGAGCAAAAAUCCUUUCCUUCAAGGACCAAUAGGAAAAUCAGAAGAUAUAAUAAUAAUAACCGUCAGAGCCUUCUCUUCAGUAGAAAUAACAUCACCACCAGUACUACUAGUGGUUAUUAUGGUGGUCAGUUUAUUAAUGGUUCAGCAACUAUUACUCACAUGGCUACUGCUUGUUGGAGACAACAACAAGAUAAUAAUAAUGAAGAGGACCCUAAUGGCUUCUAUAAUCAACAACAGUUUCCUUUUGAUUAUUGUUUCUUCUCUGCUGGUAAGUGUUCUUUAUUUCAUUCAUCUCAUGUAUCUCAUGUAUUAUUUUAAUGGUGA